AUCAGAUCCCUUUGCAUAGACAUCCCGGACCUUGAGCCGCCCAGCCGUCAGCCGCAGGAUAGCAGGUUCCGCCUUUGUACGCCGCUCCCUAGGUGCGCACAUAUUCGGCUCGCCCAGCCUUCUUCUCCCAAAGACCUCGCCGGUUCUCUGGGCCAGCUUUUUCGACACACCACGAACCUCAUAGAGCUAGACUUCACCGCUUUCGACGACUUCCCAUGCGUUUUCUACGGCACGAGCCUCCAAUUGCAUGCUCUCCGUACGACACAUACCGCCCUUGAGCUCUUGCAUAGAGAGGAGAACCAGACCAUAUACGGGCAAGAGAUCAGCACCCCGCUCCACUCCUUACAAUCCCUGCACGCGCUCACCCUCAACAUGCGUGGGGUUGAGUACCACGCACAAACCCUUUGCGCCAGUUUCCACCAGUACAACAUCACCCACCUGUCCCUCGACCUCGCACCGUGCCGCUCGAUAGCGUACGACGUACUUCGUCUUCUCAACGACCAACUGGUGUCGUUCAAGAUUGUCCUCGCUCCGCUUACAAGUGAGCUCAGCCCGUUUCAGCGAUGGACCGUGCGUUUCAGAUCAGAAGUGCACCUAUGGCCUACGGCGGUGCUCGGAGACACCAUCCUUCCCAAGCUCAAGCACUUGGAGGUGUGCGAGAGCGCAUAUACCUAC